AUUUCCGACAAGUGAGUUUGUGAAUAAGACAUUCUCACAAAUCUUCAAUACUUCUUCUAACAUUCUGAUACGCAGGUCGCGUUCAACUACUGCUGUAGUAAUGUACGGUAGAAAAGCUCAGACCUUUUUCCAACAUAUGACGCGGAGAAUGAGAGCCUUUCGUUCAUAUUACCUUAUUUAAUACUGCAAGCAAAUACGCGUUAGCGCCUGAGCAUCCAGUGGUAUAAAUGUGAAAGCAGGAUUUCACUAGUCGAUAGCUGUUCUCUGGUAGUUACAGUCAUCCGUCUCCUUGCGAGACGUGAACAUUGCAGACUGUGCAUUCACUCCGUGUGCAUGUGCCACGGGGAGUGAUACUCUGCAUCGUCCGAUGGCUAAUAUAUUACACUAGCGAUGGAAACCGACAUUGUUGCUUUCGACGCAGUUGAUGCUUAUUGAUUACUGCUUUCCAUUCAAUCGGUUAUGUACCUGCUGGGAUCGCAGGCAGCAGAUUCUCGGGAAUGCAGUGGGCAGUGAGAUUUGAUCACUGUAUCUGAACAUAGCAGCACUGAUCGAUGUAGAUGAGCCUAGUUUGGGCAUGAUCUGAGCAGCCCAAGGCCAUAGCUAUAUAUUGCAGUUGGAAAGGGAUAUCGUCUUCGGAGCAAGGAGAAAGCAGCCAUGAAUUCCAUUGCUGCUUGCAAGUUGGUCGAUAACCUCUACCCACUGAUGAAUCCGUCGACACGGAUUGCUGUGAUUGGAGCAGGUCCUAGUGGACUGUCAGCAGCACUUGCUCUGACCAGGUUAGGAUACAAAAAAAUUACAGUCCUCGAGCAAGAUGCCAAAGUUGGAGGGAUGUGCAGAUCUGAGAUAAUCGAAGGGCACGUCUACGAUCUGGGAGGACAAGUCAUAGCUCGAGAGAGUUCACCAACUUUGGAUACUUUGAUGACCGAGAUGGGAAUAGAACUGGAAAAAUUGGGAGAAGAGCCAUUUUCUCUGAUUGAUAUUGCAUCCGGCCGCGUCCAGGAUCUGAGGAUUGUCUCAGAUGUCCUCUCCAUGUUAAAAGUCACAGAAAAAUUACAGGAAGCCGGAGAAGCUUCAGGAAAGUUAGGAGUGCACACCGUUAGCAGCGUAGCUCAUGAGACAUCUCAUACUUAUCUGAGAUCAACAGCAAAGAGCAUAAUGAAUCCGAAAGGACUCGUAGAGGUUCCGAGGGCAGUAGCUGGUUUGUUCACGGCAAGCGGUUAUGGCUACGCCGAACACAUGCCUUUCGCAUACAUGCAUCAGUUUGUGAUGUCUAUUCUGGGCCAGGCUUACAGGAUCAAAGGCGGAUAUGACAGCUUCUGGCACAAGAUAUCUACCACAUUAGCAGAUGUUCGCUGCAAUACCAGAGUUCAAAGCAUUCAGAGACGGAACAACAAGAUAUACAUCUCUGUCGUUCAAGGCGAGUCCACAUCAGUGCUGGAGUUUGAUAAACUCAUUAUGUCUGGCAAUUCUUCGAUUCCAGUCAACAGUAACGUAUACCUCUCCAGGGCCAUCAAGGCAUCACUUCCAGCUGAAGAAGCUGCUGCUGGAAUCUUGGACUACUCAGCCAAGGAGCUGGAAGUGUUUUCGAGAGUAGAAAUCAUCGAUUACUACACCACCGUUCUCAAAAUCAGCGGCUUCGAACACUUCGCUCCGCGUUUCUACUACCCGGAAACCGCACAAGACCCUUCGUCCGUGGGCCACUUCGUAGCCAUGCAGAAAUUCCAUGCUGAUACGAAUGUGUUUCUCUUCUGGUCGUAUGGAAGUGCAGAAGUUGAUCAGAAUCGCGUCACCGAGCUUCUCUUCGAGGAUGUGCAGAAGAUGGGUGGCCGCGUGGAGGCUGUAGUCCUACAGCGCAAGUUCCGCUACUUUCCUCACGUGAGCAGUAGAGAUAUGCGUCUGGGAUUCUACGAUAAGCUGGAAGGCCUGCAAGGAGAGAACAACACGUACUACGUCGGCGCGCUGAUGUCUUUCGAGCUGACGGAACGAAACUCGGCGUAUUCCUUCAAUCUGAUGUCCAAGCGCUUCGGCUCAGCUGAAGAACCGAUCUACGUCAAGAGACUCGUCGAGUACCCGCUGCCGAAUGGAGCACAAGAGCCCGAUAACUACGAGCUACGAGAAAAUGUGGAGCUGCCCGGAUUCGAGUUCCCAGACUUGCCAUCAGUUGAUGCCUACCUUGAAUUUUAUUCGCGUCAUCCUCUCACAAGAGAAAAAACUGUGUUCACAUGGAUCGACGAUCAAGGCAAAGAGACGAACAAACUCUCGUUCUCGGAGCUCGAUACGAGGGCGACCAUUAUAGCUCGCCAUCUUCUCACAUGCAGACUGAAUCUGAAACCCGGUGACCGUGUGGUGCUACUCCAUCCUCCGGGACUCGAGUUCAUCGAAGCUUUUCUGGGCUGCUUGCGCGCUAAGAUUAUAGCUGUGCCACUGAUCCCACCGGACCCAAGCAAGAGGGGAGGAGAUUUAGCUCUGGAGAAGCUGAAGAACGUCGUGAAGGUCACAGAUGCCAAGGCUAUACUCACGACGAGAACUUACCACUCAGUCGUUCGAGCUAGCUCCUUCAUGGCAAGGGGUCCCGCAUGGCCCAACCUGUCUUGGAUUGAGACCAACUGCUUGAGUACAGGUGACUCCGUUCUGUCCGGCUGGUUCCCCAGAGGGCUGAAGAAGAUUGCAUCCGCAUCUGCGAUCACUGCGAUCACUGGAGAAAUGGACGGCUCGAAAGAGCCGCUGGAAUCGGGAAUGAGCGCUCCACCAGAGAGUGACAGCGUCUGCUUUUUGCAAUUCACAUCUGGCUCGACCGGAGAUGCGAAGGGAGUGAUGAUCACUCACGGUUCGCUCAUACACAACAUCAAGUCCAUGCGCACGGCUUACAGAGGCACGACGCAGUCCGUGAUCGUAUCCUGGCUACCGCAGUACCAUGACAUGGGCCUGAUCGGGAGCCUCUUGGUGUCGCUGGUCUGCGGAGGCCAUGCGGUGAAAUUCUCGCCACUGACAUUCAUUCGAAAACCGCUCAUGUGGUUGUCAUUGGUGGACAAGUACAGAGCCACGCACACAGCCGCACCGAACUUCGGAUUUGACCUCGUCUUGAAGCGCUACGAGGCGCUGAAAUUGGUCGGCAAAGAGCCGAAGCCGGACCUGUCGUCUCUGCGCUUCCUCAUGGUCGGUGCCGAGCCCAUCAACUCUCAGACUCUGAAGGGAUUCGUGGAGACAUUCUGGGACGCCGGCGUGCGCGAGCAAAUCUUCGCGCCGGGGUUCGGGUUGGCUGAGAAUUGCGUCUUCAUCUGCUGCGCUUACGGACGCAACCAGCCGAUCCGGGUCGAUUCGCAAGGGCGAGUCUCGUGCGGCCACAUCGAGAGCGGCGAGCCCCGGUUCAAGGAUCUCUGCGCCGACGUGAGAAUCGUGGAUCCCGUGACCUGCGAUGAAGUCAGCGAGGGCAUUGAAGGCGAAAUCUGGCUCAGCAGUCCGAGCAAUGGCAAAGGAUACUGGGGCUUGGAGGAGCUGAGCAGAGAAAUGUUCUACGCUCAUGUUCGCAAUGCCGCACCCGAAGAUUGCACCAAAUCGUUCGUUCGAUCCGGCGACCUUGGCCGAAAGAUCGAUGGGAACCUCUUUGUCACCGGUCGAAUCAAAGACCUGAUCAUCGUCGGAGGCCGAAACCAUUAUCCGUCUGACAUCGAAAAGACUGUCGAGAGCUGCUCCAACAUGCUCAAACCAGGGUGUUCGGCAGCGUUCAGUGUCUCGGCCAAGGUCCUGCGAUCGAGAGGAGUGAGCCUGGCAGACGAGGCAGAUGGAAUUGUGGUGGUUGCGGAAGUGAGGGACGAGAAGCAAGCGGAUCUGACUGUCAUUUCGAAGAUAAAAUCCGCCGUUGCUCAGGUACAUGGACUGCAAGUAUCAUUCGUCAGUCUGCUCAGACCUCAUACCAUCCCGAAGACAACCAGCGGCAAGAUCCGGAGACGUGAGUGUGCCAAACGAUUCGCCGAACAAACUCUGGCGUCUGUGAGAAUAGCAAACCUGUCCGUAGCUCAAGCUCGCCUUCGACGCAGUGCUCCCAAGGCUGCAGGUCUCGAGGCACAAGGGACGCAUCAGAGGCGACCUACGAAGGGCAAGAAGGAGAUUUCUGAUUUCCUCGUCUCGCUGGUAGCUGAGGUCUCAGGCAUGCCAGAAUCGAAAAUCAGCUCGACGGAGAGCUUUGAGAGUUACAGUAUUGACUCACAUGGGGCGGUAUCGGCGGCUUCCAAGCUCUCAGAAUUCAUCGGCACGCACAUUUCGGCCAUUCAAAUCUACACCACAGGUUGCAUCUCUGAAUUGGCGGACCUUUCUGUCGAAGUGAUGAGGAAAUCAAAGGCAGCAUCUGCUGGCAUUCCUCCCUUGCGUGAGGACGAAAGCGCAGUGCAACAAAAAUUUGAUCUCUCAAGGCCUGAGAGCGUCAAUGAAGCACUCUCGGAAGCAGAGCUCGCAGAAGCUUUGGAGCCUACAAACAAACGAAAGCUCUUCAUUACCUCUCUCCAGAUCCUGGGAGUUCUGUACAUGGGAUUGAUGCUCUUCUCACCAGCACUUUACAUCUACAAGAAGCUGAUAUGGGCGAUGAGCGCCGAGGAGUACAACACCUUCGGUCACGUAUUGCAGUCCACCGCUCUGGUGCCCCUGGGGUGGAUGAUAUACACGGCCUCAGUCGGAUUGAUGCUUUCGAUGCUCGGAGCGCGCAUGCUGCUUCCGAUGAACCACCAGUUAGUAACGAUGACGAUACCACUCUGGUCCGUGGAGUACGUGCGAUGGUGGACUCUGUACAGGCUGCAAGAUUUCGCUUCCAGCUCCAUGGCUGCGCAGUUAAGGGGAACAGGCAUGCUCGGCUUAUGGUAUCGCUUGCUCGGAGCCGACAUUGAAGACGGCGUUUUCCUCGACACUAUUGACAUCACUGAUCCGUGGCUCGUCUCCAUCGGCAGAGACUCUUGUAUAGGAGAAGGGGCGACCAUCCAGUGCCAUGAAGUCAAUGCAGGAGUCGUUCGGUUCCAGAGUGUGAGUGUUGGUCGAGCUUGCGCUGUGGGUCCAUAUGCCGUUCUUCAGAGGGGCAGCACUUUGGAAGCUGGUUCGAGCGUCGGUGCAUUGUGCAAAACUGAAGUCGGAGAGCAUGUUCGGUCCACAGGAAACACUGAGAUGAGCUCAAAGGGAUCGAAGCAUGCAUCGAACUGGUCACUAGAGAUCGCUGCAAAGCAACUUCUCGGGCUCUACUCGGUGGGUCUGGUGUCGAGCCUGGCUGCAUUGGCAGCAUAUAUCGUUCUCACAGAAAGUGGAUCUUACUUCGGAGUGCUCAGUGAUGGCACAUGUAAGGCCAUAGGCAGAGAAGCUUCGAACCAUGGCUACCUCCUGCUUUCUCUGACUUUGACGUUCCCCAAAUAUCUCAUGAUAUUUCCGCCACUUCUGAUAUUUCCACAACAUCCUGGCCUCCUACUCGAGCUCUUGAAAGAUGUGGCUAAUCAGGGCAAGGUCGUAGCAGCUCUGACUGCAUUUGGGGCUGGAUACCUCGCUUACGGAGUCACGCUAGCCGCACUCACUUGUGCUCUCAAAUGGAGCGUCAUCGGCAGCAUGCAGGAAGGAACCAGCAGCCGUAAUUCUUACCGAAGGUGGUUCGUACAUGCCUUACUGCGAGCCACACAUGAUAGGUUCAUGAGCUUGCUGCAAGGAACCGAGGCCCUGUGCAUCUACCUUCGCAUGUUGGGUGCUGACAUCGGCCAGCGUGUGUCCAUUCGAAAGAUUAAUGCCGUCAUAGACCCGGAUCUCAUCAAACUUGGAGAUGACUGCCACUUGGGGGAUUUUUGCAAGAUUAUAACCACGGAAACUGUCCAAGGUGGGGUGAUGUCAUCGGCCUCUGUAAGCAUCGGACGUCGUUGUGUUGUUGGAGCUCAGAGCGUUGUUAUGCCUGGAUCCACGCUUGAAGAUAGGUCCGUUCUCGGGGCUAUGUCUGUCGCACCCAGAGGGGCAACACUCGAGACGGACGGUGUAUAUGUGGGAGCCCCGAUUCCCGUUCGAGUGAAAGGCACACAGCCCAGUCACAAGACUGACAGAGCUAAACCAGCCAAGAUCGAACCUCAGAUCGGAACCCCCGAAAGCUUCGUGGCUUUCAAUGAAUGCCCGCUUGCAUUCAACAUGGAUCCACGCUUCCGGCAGAUUGUUGGAACCUGUGCAGGAGAGUUUGCCAGGAAAACUGCCAAGGGACACCACCGCUACAUCCACUCCCUCGGAGCCUCUGGCAAAGGAACUCUGCGCGUGCUUAAAAAUGUUCCAAAUCUUCCUCCUCAUGAUAUAUUCACACCAGGAUCUACGUAUCCUGUUUUGAUCAGAUACAGCACCGGGAACUCCAAAGAUGACGACAGGCGCGCCGAAGUGAGAGGAGCGACCAUGCGUCUUCUCCACAAGGACUCGCCGGACGACCUUGAGAAUCCUCUGCUCGACCUUUUAAUGAAGACGGGAACAAUUUUCCACGCACAGAACAUGGUCGACUUCAUGGGCUAUUACAUCAUGACUGAAGAGGAGCGAGUGCAGAAAAUCAAAGAGUUUCCUCCUCUCGGUGAAUCUCAGUGGUUGAACAUCCGGAGACCGAAUUCAUGGGCCGACCUCCAUUACUAUGGCUGUACUUCUCGCUACUUUGUCACGAAGCCGCAAGAAGGAGACCCAGAGGUAUUUUAUGUCCGAUUUAAGAUCCGCCCUGCCGAUCCUCGAAUUGGAGAUGACAUAGUAAAUGUGCAGCGACAGGAAGACUUUCCACCUUUCGAUGGGAUGCUGCCAGUACUCCCUGAUGACACCAGACCGAAGACCUGCUUGAGGGAUGAGCUGAAAGCUAGGCUCGAAUCCGCGGAGGGCGUGAAGUGCAUCCUGCAAAUGCAGCUACAUCCGAUUCCAACUUCCGUCGAAGAGCAAGAGAAAGUUCAAGACCCCACAACACUCUGGGAUGAGACAGUCUGCCCAUACAUCGAUGUUGCCGAGAUAUUCCUGGCUGAGAAUUUAGAUGAUACGCUCUUGGACCACUCGAAUUUCAAUCCGAGAUUCGCACCGCCCAGUCUUGCGAUGAUCACUGCUACCAGCGCUACGCAAAGUGCUUCCAUCGACACAGCCAGAGCUCUCCUCCAUGAUCUCCUCACCUACAUCAGAGCCGGCAUCCCUCUUCCACCGCUUUGGUAUGACCUUCUGAAGAAAUCUCACUCCGAUGUGCUAACCAGCAAACCGGACGACUCCCUUGUCGUAGCGAAUGGCUGUCCCUUCUCAGGCGGUGUGGUAGCUUCGCAGGGCCACGACCAUGAAGAGAUGCGCAAAGGGGAAGCCGAUGUCCAAAUGAAUGGUGGUCACCUUGAACAUGAAGUGGAGAAGAGUAAGUCAGUCGCCGGUGCAAGGAAAGAUAGUAUGCACUUGUCUGUGGGGCUAAAACUCAUGCUUCUCGUGCAACCCAUUGUUCAAUUGGGGCUUCCCAUGCUCGUCUCGCUGCUGGCGGCCUGUCCAAUUGUACUGACCCUCUUGUGGGUGGGCGCUGUGGCUGGAAACGACUGGAUGCUUGGCUUACUGCCAGUCGCGUUCCUUUGCUGGGGACUGAUGUUUGCUGCUCUCGCCAUAGUGUGCAAGUGGGUUGGUGUCUGGCGAGUCAGAGACGGAAGCACGAGCGAUUUGUGGAGCCGCCGGACCUUUCUGCUGACGGUCUGGGAGUGCAUCAACCAAACACUCGGAACGAGUUUUCUGGAGCUCGGCAAGGGCUCCGUGCUAAUCACACUGUACCUUCGAUUCCUCGGUGCGUCGGUCAAGACGACAGGCAUCUACAUCGACACUCUGUAUGCUCUGAACCCCGAUCAGCUCAAGGUUGGAUACCGCAGUGCCAUUGGGCGCAGUGCGCUUCUCUUUGGCCAUCUUUACGAAGGAGAAAAAGUCGGAUUCAAGUCGUGCGUCAUGGAGGAUGACACUUUCAUAGGAUCUAGAGCUCUGGUGCUUCCUGGAUUCAGAAUGGAAGAUGGUGCCGAGCUUCAAGCGCUUGGAUUGGGUAUGAAGGAUGAAGUCAUUAAAGCUGCCUACACGUAGAUCAGAGAAUUAGUUGCAGCAUCAGUAGCUCCACCUCGGUAUUCCACUAGGCACCCGCGCAGUUUUCUUAGAUCCGCCAUUAUGUAUCUGGUGCCUGGUGCCUGGUGACAACGAACUCGAAGAUACCGCGGUUUUAUUCUCUCUAGAUACUUGAAGACGAACAAAAAUCGUCGGCGGUAGAAUUUGUAAAUCUCAUAGAUGCCAUAGGUACUGCAAUUCAUGUAUCAAUGUCUCACGAUACAUAAAUUAUUCAUUAUCAGGAUGG